AUGGUCGCAGACACGAAACUAUACGACCGCCUCGGCGUGGCUGCGACGGCGUCACAGGAAGAAAUCAAGAAGGCCUACCGGAAAGGUGCUCUCAAGAACCACCCCGACAAGAACCCUGCCGGGGCCGAGAAGUUCAAAGAGAUCUCAGAGGCAUUCGAGAUCCUAUCCGACCCCGAGAAGCGCAAGAACUACGAUAAUUAUGGCUACGACUUCAUAACAGGCAACGCUGGUCCUCCGCCUGAAGCUGGUGGAGAGAACCCAUUCGCUGGUGCAGGAGGAAUGCCAGGCGGGUUUGGAGGGUUCAGUGGUAUGCCAGGAGGAGGUGGAGGUGGUGCCAGGACAUUCCACUUCAGCACAGGAGGUGGAGGCGGUGGUCGUGGCUUUGGUGGAUUCAGUGACCCAAAGGACAUCUUCGCCGAGUUCAUGCGCGGAGGAGGAGCUAGCAUGGGAGGAGGAGGAGGAGGAGGAGAUGAGGACGACAUUUUCAGCGGUUUCCAAUCCUUUGGAGGCGCUGGUGGAUUUGGAGGUGCCCGACCCGGUGCUGGCUCAAGAGGAGCAAGCGGCUUCGGAGGACGAAGGCGAGAACCUGAAGUCGAAACCACUGUCGUCGAGAAGCCACUUCCUGUGUCGUUGGAAGACAUCUUCAACGGCGCGACGAAGAAGCUCAAGGUCCAACGCAAGACAUACGACUCGAACAGCGGCAAGCAGAACACGGAAGACAAGAUCCUCAGCGUGCCCAUCAAGCGAGGCUUGAAGGCGGGCUCAAAGAUCAAGUACCCAGACAUGGGUGAUCAGGUCGAGGGCGGUGUGCAGGACCUGCACUUCAUCGUCAAAGAGAAGGCACACCCGCUGUUCACGCGAGACGGCGACGACAUCAAGCACACAGUCGAGAUCGACCUGAAAGAAGCAUUAACCGGCUGGAAGCGAACCGUGCAGACGAUUGACGGCAAGCAGAUAUCCGUAUCAAGUGCUGGGCCAACACAACCGGAAUGGACAGAACGAUACCCAGGUCUUGGGAUGCCCAAGAGCAAGACACCUAGCGCACGGGGCGACUUUGUUGUGGGUGUCAAGAUCAAGUUCCCGACGAGCCUGACAGCGGACCAGAAGCAGAAGUUGAAGGAGAUUUUGUAA